AUGUUUGGUCAUUUGUGUUCUGCUAUCUAUUUCUUCAUAGCGAGUCACGUUGAAGACUCCCCAACUGAACCAGAAGCCCCAUCAGGUCCUCCACUUGUUUACACUGUGACUUCCACCAUUGAUGAAGAGCCCUUCACAGAUGAACUGAACGACCCCAGCAGUAGGAAGUACAAAGAUCUCCAGGAAGAACUGGUCAGCUGGUGUGAGUGUGCCUCCAGUGAAAAGUGUGGAAAUACUAUCAGCCACUGCAGACUCAUCAAAUUCAGAGAGUCUUCAUGCUCAGCCUCGGACACCACAGUUGAAGCAGAGUUUGAGGUUGAGUGGACCUUGUUGACUCCAUCAUCCAAACCUCCCUCCAGAAAACAUGUUGUCAAAACUUUCAAGAACGCUGCUGCAAAUCCGGGACAUUCCAAAAUCACCAUCAUUCCCAACUCAAUCAAAGUAACAGAAGGUCCAGAUGAAGAGUCAGGAAACACCUCGACUCCUCCACCUGCUUAUACUGCAAUAUGCUCCCUUCAAGAACCAUUUACCAAAGAGUUGAAUGACCCCAGCAGCACAGAGUUCAAGGACCUGGAAGCAAAAUUAGUUAGUUGGUGUGAACAUGCCACCAAAGAAAAGUGUGGAAACAAAAAUGGCCACUGUAAACUCAGAAAAUUAAGGAAAUCUCAAUGUGCCUCAUCUGAAACCACUGUUGAAGCUGAGUUGGAGGUUCAGUUGCCCUGGUUGACUCCCACAUCAGAAGCUCCCUCAGGAAAACACAUCGCUGGAGCCUUAAAGAGAGCAGCAGAGAAUUCUGCACGUUUCCAACUCACCAUCAUUUCCAGCUCAGUCCAAGUGACAGCGAGUCACCUUGAAGACUCCCCAACUGAACCAGAAGCCCCAUCAGGUCCUCCACUUGUUUACACUGUGAGCUCCACCAUUGAUGAAGAGCCCUUCACAGAUGAACUGAACGACCCGAGCAGCAGGAAGUACAAAGAUCUCCAGGAAGAACUGGUCAGCUGGUGUGAGUGUGCCUCCAGUGAAAAGUGUGGAAAUACUAUCAGCCACUGCAGACUCAUCAAAUUCAGAGAGUCUUCAUGCUCGGCCUCGGACACCACAGUUGAAGCAGAGUUUGAGGUUGAGUGGACCUUGUUGACUCCAUCAUCCAAACCUCCCUCCAGAAAACAUGUUGUCAAUACCUUCAAGAACGCUGCUGCAAAUGGAAAUGAAUAUUCCAAAUUAAGAAUCAUUCCCAUAUCGAUUCAAACAGUGGGUCCAGAUGAAGAGCCAGGAAACACCUCGACUCCUCCACCUGCUUAUACUGCAAUAUGCUCCCUUCAAGAACCAUUUACCAAAGAGUUGAAUGACCCCAGCAGCACAGAGUUCAAGGACCUGGAAGCAAAAUUAGUUAGUUGGUGUGAACAUGCCACCAAAGAAAAGUGUGGAAACAAAAAUGGCCACUGUAAACUCAGAAAAUUAAGGAAAUCUCAAUGUGCUUCAUCUGAAAACACUGUUGAAGCUGAGUUGGAGGUUCAGUUGCCAUGGUUGACUCCCACAUCAGAAGCUCCUUCAGGAAAACACAUCGCUGGAGCCUUAAAGAGAGCAGCAGAGAAUUCUGCACGUUUCCAACUCACCAUCAUUUCCAGCUCAGUCCAAGUGACAGCGAGUCACGUUGAAGACUCCCCAACUGAACCAGAAGCCCCAUCAGGUCCUCCACUUGUUUUCACUGUGAGCUCCACCAUUGAUGAAGAGCCCUUCACAGAUGAACUGAACGACCCCAGCAGUAGGAAGUACAAAGAUCUCCAGGAAGAACUGGUCAGCUGGUGUGAGUGUGCCUCCAGUGAAAAGUGUGGAAAUACUAUCAGCCACUGCAGACUCAUCAAAUUCAGAGAGUCUUCAUGCUCAGCCUCGGACACCACAGUUGAAGCAGAGUUUGAGGUUGAGUGGACCUUGUUGACUCCAUCAUCCAAACCUCCCUCCAGAAAACAUGUUGUCAAAACUUUCAAGAACGCUGCUGCAAAUCCGGGACAUUCCAAAAUCACCAUCAUUCCCAACUCAAUCAAAGUAACAGAAGGUCCAGAUGAAGAGUCAGGAAACACCUCGACUCCUCCACCUGCUUAUACUGCAAUAUGCUCCCUUCAAGAACCAUUUACCAAAGAGUUGAAUGACCCCAGCAGCACAGAGUUCAAGGACCUGGAAGCAAAAUUAGUUAGUUGGUGUGAACAUGCCACCAAAGAAAAGUGUGGAAACAAAAAUGGCCACUGUAAACUCAGAAAAUUAAGGAAAUCUCAAUGUGCCUCAUCUGAAACCACUGUUGAAGCUGAGUUGGAGGUUCAGUUGCCCUGGUUGACUCCCACAUCAGAAGCUCCUUCAGGAAAACACAUCGCUGGAGCCUUAAAGAGAGCAGCAGAGAAUUCUGCACGUUUCCAACUCACCAUCAUUUCCAGCUCAGUCCAAGUGACAGCGAGUCACCUUGAAGACUCCCCAACUGAACCAGAAGCCCCAUCAGGUCCUCCACUUGUUUACACUGUGAGCUCCACCAUUGAUGAAGAGCCCUUCACAGAUGAACUGAACGACCCGAGCAGCAGGAAGUACAAAGAUCUCCAGGAAGAACUGGUCAGCUGGUGUGAGUGUGCCUCCAGUGAAAAGUGUGGAAAUACUAUCAGCCACUGCAGACUCAUCAAAUUCAGAGAGUCUUCAUGCUCAGCCUCGGACACCACAGUUGAAGCAGAGUUUGAGGUUGAGUGGACCUUGUUGACUCCAUCAUCCAAACCUCCCUCCAGAAAACAUGUUGUCAAAACUUUCAAGAACGCUGCUGCAAAUCCUGGACAUUCCAAAAUCACCAUCAUUCCCAACUCAGUCAAAGUAACAGAAGGUCCAGAUGAAGAGUCAGGAAGCACUUUGGCUCCUCCACCUGCUUAUACUGCAAUAUGCUCCCUUCAAGAACCAUUUACCAAAGAGUUGAAUGACCCCAGCAGCACAGAGUUCAAGGACCUGGAAGCAAAAUUAGUUAGAUGGUGUGAACAUGCCACCAAAGAAAAGUGUGGAAACAAAAAUGGCCACUGUAAACUCAGAAAAUUAAGGAAAUCUCAAUGUGCCUCAUCUGAAACCACUGUUGAAGCUGAGUUGGAGGUUCAGUUGCCCUGGUUGACUCCCACAUCAGAAGCUCCUUCAGGAAAACACAUCGCUGGAGCCUUAAAGAGAGCAGCAGAGAAUUCUGGACGUUUCCAACUCACCAUCAUUUCCAGCUCAGUCCAAGUGACAGCGAGUCACCUUGAAGACUCCCCAACUGAACCAGAAGCCCCAUCAGGUCCUCCACUUGUUUUCACUGUGAGCUCCACCAUUGAUGAAGAGCCCUUCACAGAUGAACUGAACGACCCCAGCAGCAGGAAGUACAAAGAUCUCCAGGAAGAACUGGUCAGCUGGUGUGAGUGUGCCUCCAGUGAAAAGUGUGGAAAUACUAUCAGCCACUGCAGACUCAUCAAAUUCAGAGAGUCUUCAUGCUCAGCCUCGGACACCACAGUUGAAGCAGAGUUUGAGGUUGAGUGGACCUUGUUGACUCCAUCAUCCAAACCUCCCUCCAGAAAACAUGUUGUCAAAACUUUCAAGAACGCUGCUGCAAAACCUGGACAUUCCAAAAUCACCAUCAUUCCCAACUCAAUCAAAGUAACAGGUCAUGAUGAAGGUCCAGCAACUGAACCAGAAGCCCCAUCAGGUCCUCCACUUGUUUACACUGUGACCUCCACCAUUCAUAAAGGGCCCUUCACUGAAGAAAUGAACGACCCCAGCAGCAGGAAGUACAAAGAUAUGGAGGAAGAACUGAUCAGCUGGUGUGAGUGUGCCUCCAGUGAAAAGUGUGGUAACCCUAUCAGUCACUGCAGACUCAUCAAAUUCAGGAAGUCUUCAUGUGCAUCACCCGUAAAUGCUGUUGAAGCAGAGUUCGAGGUUGAGUGGACCUUGUUGACUCCCUUAUCAAAACCUCCUUCCACCAAACUUGUGGCUAAAACAUUACAGACAGCUGCCGCAACUCCUGGACAUUCCAAAACAGACAUUUUUCCCACCUUAAUCCAUGUAACAGGGCCAGUGGAAGAUGUAGAAACUCCUCCUGGUGUUCCACUUGUGUAUACUGUCACUUCCACAAUUGAUCAACGAUUCACAGAGGAGUUGAACAACCCCAACAGCAACCUGUACAAAUAUCUUGCAGACAGCAUGGUCAAUUGGUGUGAAAGUGCAACCUUAAAGGGAGGAAUGGCUAUCAGCUGUCAACUGAAAAAAUUCAGAGAACACUCACCGGACGCUGCAGUGGAAGCUGUGGUUGACGUUGAAUACAAAGGGCCGACUUCCACAUCUGAAAGAUUGCACAGAAUACAAAUCACUGAUAUCUUGAGGAAGUCUGCAGAAACUCUGGAAAGUUCCCAAAUAAUGAUCAUUCCUGACUCAAUCCUAGUGACAGACCGUCCCGUUGAGGACCCAACAACUGCUCCACCUAUCUACACGGUAACUUGCAGCAUUGACAAAGAAUCCUUUACAGAUGACCUGGACGACCCCAACAGUCAAAAAUACAAGGAUCUUGAAGAAAACCUUGUUGAAUGGUGUGAGAGCGCCACAAAGGCAACGUAUGGAGAUAAUGUCCUGCUCUGCAGAGUCAUAAUCUUCAGCAAGCCGUCAUCGCCAGGUAGCACUGUUGAAACAGUGUUAGAGGUUGAAUUCCGCAGGUCGACUUCAGAACUACCUUCCAGAAGUGAAGUUGGCAGCACCUUGAUGAACUCUUUAGCCAGUCCUGGGCUAUUUCCAAUUCGCGUCAUCCCCAGCUCAAUCCUGAUAACAAUGAGUCCAGAAGGGGUUCCAACAUCCAUUCCCUACGUGAAGCCUGUUUAUAUUGUUAGUGUACAGUUAAGGAAUGAAGUUUAUUCAGAUGAGCUGAAGAACGCCAACAGCAGUAAAUAUCAGAGAAUCGUCAAAGACCUGAUUAACUGGACCUGCCUCACACGAUUCACAGGCCACAGGAAUUGA